AUGCUCCAGGCAAACUGGACAUCAGUAACAGGUUUUGUCUUCCUGGGGUUUUCCAACCACCCUAAAGUUGAGAUCCUUUUAUUUGUGCUGUCCUUGCUGAUGUACCUGAUCACCUUUCUUGGCAAUAUUAUUCUGAUCUCCAUCAGCAUUCUGGAUUCCCACCUGCACACCCCCAUGUACUUCUUUCUCAGCAACCUCUCUUUUCUGGACAUCUGGUACACCUCUUCUGCUCUCACACCAAUGCUGAUAAACUUUGUUUCAGGGACAAAUACCAUUUCAUUCUCAGGAUGUGCUGCUCAGAUGUACAUCUCUCUUGCUAUGGGCUCCACUGAGUGUGUGCUCCUGUCCAUGAUGGCUUAUGACCGAUAUGUGGCCAUCUGCCACCCCCUGAGAUACUCCAUCAUCAUGAACAGGAGGGUCUGUUUGCAGAUGGCAGUUGGCUCUUGGGUGACAGGCUGCCUCACUGCCCUGGUGGAAUCUGCAUCUGUCCUACAGCUUUCUCUCUGUGGUAAUAGCAUCAUCAAUCAUUUCAUUUGUGAAAUUCUGACUAUCUUGAAACUGGUAUGUGGAGACACCUCCAUGGCACAGUUAAUCAUGCUUGUGAUCAGUGUACUUCUCCUUCCCAUGCCAAUGCUCCUCAUCUGUGUCUCCUAUGCCUUCAUCCUCUCCAACAUCCUGAGAAUCAGCUCAGCAGGUGGAAGAGGCAAAACUUUUUCAACUUGUGCGGCUCACCUGAUAGUUGUGGUUUUGUUCUACGGCACAGCUCUCUCCAUGUAUCUAAAGCCCUCAGCUGUAGAUUCACAGGAAAUAGACAAAUUUAUGACUUUGGUAUAUACUGGAUUGACUCCCAUGUUGAAUCCUAUCAUCUAUAGUUUACGGAACAAGGAGGUGAAAGUGGCUUUGAAAAAAUCACUGAUUAGGAAUCCUCUUGGCACUAUCUUAAUUUCUACACUCAAAUAA